UGUGUGAGAUUCACUUCCUUAUUUCAGUGUGGGGGUUUACAGGCUUCAUCUGGUCAUGCAUGUUAAGUAUACAUAGAGGAAGGACAGACACAUCUACACUAGAUUUUUCAACCACUGAAGACGCUGCCUUCAAACAUCUUCAACAUCUGAAGAAAGUGUGACUGCCAUACAUUAUGUUACAUGUUAUGUGAUCUACGUGCUGAUGAGGUUCAAGAGAUGAGAGCAGCAAUGAGUUCAACUGCAGCAGCGAGUGGAGUCAUUCUCUUCCUUCUCUCUCUACCAGUGGUACAGGGUAGGAAUGGUUGGUCAGUGGAUUACACUUCUACUCAGAUCUGUGCUUUAAAAGGAUCAACAGUGACCAUAGGCUGCUCCUUCACAUUCCCAUACAGUAAAACUGGUCGUUAUACAACUGUAAACAAAAAAGUGUGGUUCAUUAAAGGGAAUGAUUAUGACCCUGAUGAUCUGAAAAGACACUCAGCGUAUGCAGGUCGACUGACGUACAGUAAUAAUCAGAAUAGCUGCAAUCUGACGAUCAGAGACCUGAGAGAGAGCGACUCAGCUGUGUACAAGUUCAGGUUUGAAACAAACAACGGACGUGGAAGUUAUACUGGUUCACCUGGAGUCACUCUGACUGUCACAGCUCUUCAGGUACAUGUGGGCACUUCAUCAUAUCCUAAUUGGGCAGUACUGACAUGUCAAAGCAGCUGUCAGCUACGUAAUCGUCCCUCCUUCAUCUGGUACAAAAAUGGACAGAAAAUUUAUGGCCAAACCAACAUGUAUUUAUACCCAGAAAUACCAAAUCCUUCAGAUAGCUUCUCCUGUGCUGCAAGUGGUCAUGAAGCUCUCCCGUCUCCUUCAGUGUGUGUCCGAGGUGAUUCAUGCAACAGAGUGAAUUACAGUAACAGAAACAUCUGUGCUUUCAAAGGGUCAUCAGUGGAUAUUUCCUGUACUUACAGCAGUUAUUACCAACAAAUACAACCAAAAUCCUGGUUCCGUUCUGGUCGUGGAUCUGAGGAUCUUAGGAAAGUCUCCCAGCAUGAAGGUCGUGUUGAGGUCACUGACACAGAGAGAGGACGCUCCACUCUGAGAAUCAGAGACCUCAGAGAGAGCGAUUCAGCCGAGUAUCACUUCAAAUUCAAAUCACAAAGCUUUGAAUGGACGAGCAGUUUACCUGGAACAACUCUGACUGUCACAGAUGUUCAGGUCCAAGUCACUGGACGGCGUUUGGAUUGUGUCACCAGGUGUAAUCCUUACGUUUCAUCCUAUGUCUGGUACAUAAAUGGAGAACAAGUGGAUGGAGCCAGCUCUGCUUCUUAUGAAAUAUCAUAUGAAGAGUCAUCUGACGAUGAAAACAGCUACUCAUGUGCUUUAAAAGGAUUUGAGGAUUUUCACUCUCCAUUAAUUUGUCACAAGAAAAUUCAGUGGUGCAACAAAGUGACUUACGACAAGAGAAGCAUCUGUGCUUUCAAAGGCUCAUCAGUGGACAUUUCCUGUACUUACAACAGUUAUGACCAACAAAUAAAAUCAAAAUCCUGGUUCCGUUCUGGUCGUGGAUCUGAGGAUCUUAGGAAAGACUCCCAGUAUGAAGGUCGUGUUGAGGUCACUGAAACAAUGGUAGGAGGCUCCACUCUGAGAAUCAGAGACCUCAGAGAGAGCGAUUCAGCCGAGUAUCACUUCAAAUUCAAAACAGGAAGCUUUGAAUGGAAGAAUAGUUUACCUGGAACAACUCUGACUGUUGCAGCUCUGCAGGUGAAGGUGAGCAGAAUAAUAUCAGUCCAUCAGUCUCAUACUGAGGCAGAGCUCACAUGCUUCAGCAGCUGUCGUCCAGAUGGUCAUCUUUCCUUUGUGUGGUUCAAGAACAAUAAAGUUAUACUUGAAAAAAAUCCUUAUCAAGAUCGGCUCAAUCCUGGAGACAUCAUCUCCUGUGCUUUCAAAGGAUACGAAAAUGAUCGCUCAGCUCCAGUGUAUGCUCCAAAGCCUCCCUCUGUGUCAGUGAGUCCCUCUGCUGAGAUAGUGGAGGGCAGCUCAGUGACUCUGACCUGCAGCAGUGAUGCUAACCCAGCAGCUAAUUACACCUGGUACAAGGAGGAAAAACUGAUCAGGAGAGGACAGCAGUUCAUCUUUGAGUCCAUCCAGUCCUCUGACUCUGGAGAGUAUUACUGCACCGCUGAGAAUGAGCUGGGCAAAAGAUCAUCUAAGUACAUCUCUAUCAAUGUGAAAUAUAUUCCAAAGCUUGUUUCCUCAUUUCCUUCAGUUCCCCCAAAGCUUCCCUCUGUGUCAGUGAGUCCCUCUGCUGAGAUAGUGGAGGGCAGCACAGUGACUCUGACCUGCAGCAGUGAUGCUAACCCAGCAGCUAAAUACACCUGGUACAAGGAGCAAAAACUGAUCAGUAGAGACCAGAGUUUAGUCUUCGAUUCCAUCCAAUCCUCUGACUCUGGAGAGUAUUACUGCACCGCUGAGGAUGAGCUGGGCAAAAGGUCAUCUGAGUACAUCUCUAUCAAUGUCAAAUAUAUUCCAAAGCUUGUUUCCGCAUCUCCUUCAGUUCCCCAAAAGCCUCCCUCUGUGUCAGUGAGUCCCUCUGCUGAGAUAGUGGAGGGAAGCUCAGUGACUCUGACCUGCAGCAGUGAUGCUAACCCAGCAGCUAAAUACACCUGGUACAAGGAGGGUGAAGACUCACCAAAAGCAUCAGGAGAGAUCUUCACCAUCACUGACAUCAGACCUGAACACAGUGGGAGUUAUUACUGUGAAGCCCAGAACACCAGAGGACGUCAGAACUCCACCUUACAGUUGAUUAAUAUCGCAAGCUCACGGAAAUCAGCAGCUUUUGCAUCAAUCACUGUUGUAUUUCUGGCUUUCAUAAUCCUGUCUGGAAUCAUACUCAUCAGAAGAAAAAGAUGCUUCAAAGCAAACUCAUCAAUAGAGCGGCCGGACAACACAGCAGAGGGCAACACAAAUGAUUAUUACACACUUAGUGCAUGGCCGGAACACCAUGGCCCUUCAGCUGCAGCACAGAGUACAGCAGCAGAGCAGCAGGAUGACGUUUGCUAUGCCAGUGUAAGUUUCUUUAAGAAGCAAGAAGAGCCCAACUACUACAACAUUAUUCCCACUCAGCCCAAAAGACAAAAUGAAGAUGAAGAAGUGGAAGAUGUGGAAUACACUCAUAUCAGAUUUAGCAGCACCCAAAGAUUAAGACAUCAUCAGACUGUGGAGUAUUCAUCAGCAGUGUACGGCACAGUCAACAGAAAGUAGAGUACGACCAUGAAUGUUUGUCCUCAAUGUACAUAUUUGAUGCUUUUAUGAGGACACUGCUGUUUACGGGUGUGUUUGCAUUUUGAUAAAGAAUGUUGCAACAGGUGCGUUUGUACAGUGUGCUAUUAUACUGGACCUGUGGAUAUGUGUAACAUAUGUUUAACACUCAUUGCUAGUUUCUUAGAAGUUGAUCUAGCUUGCACUGAAAUAUAAACUUAACACAGUGAACAAGAAGCACUUUGAGAGUGCAAACCUCCGCUAAGGCAGCUCAGUCUCUGGCAGCUUUUACUUUGAAGGGAUCGUAUUGUAUUUUGUACAUAUAUAUAUUCAUUUUGUUUUUUUCUUUUUAAACAUACUUCAAGGAGUUUGUAGUGCAGUAAAAAGAACUGCAAAGUGCAGACUUUUAUUUACCCAGUGGAAAUCCAUUUUUAUAUACUCGACAUAAUUUUGAUUAUAAUUAUUUUUUUAUAUAUGGAUAUAAUAAACAUGUAGGAAU